AUGCUUUUAAUUAAAUUCUAAAGGGAAGCAAUGCUGUUUCUUUAGAGGCGAGAGAAAGUUGAAGAACAAAACAAUGAACCCAGAAGGAUUGACAGAUCAAAGUUUGAUUUCACCACGAAAUGAAAAGCAGACAUUGCCUAUUUUAGCAAAGAAUUCGAAUUUCAGUCGAAACACAACACAAAAAAUAACUGCACAAAGCAUAAGAAGACUAGAUGCAACAAGAUGCGUCAGACAUGGUUCUGUGGUGGUUGAAAGAAACAGAGUACUAACAUCAAUGGAUCCAUCACAUGAGACAUCAAGAAAAGUUCAGGGAAUGGGAAUUUAUUUAAAUCUGAAAUCAAGAUCAAACGAUAGCAUUUUCGUAGAAUGGACCUACUGUCCUGCACAGUCGGGGAUGCCAAUCUAUCAGUUCGUAUUGGAACAUAGCAGUGUCACCAAACCAAACUUUACCAUCGUGAAAUUACCUUCAAGCCAACGCCAAUAUUUGCAGAAAAAUUGCACACCAGGAACAAACAAUUUUUUCGUCCUGUCUGCUGUUGAUGCCUAUGGCAAAGUUAUUCAUAUAUCAAAACAGCUUACUAUUCAAACAUCGGCUCCUAUAGAUCGACCAUUUUUAAAACUAAAAAAGAACAGUCCUAAGAUUAUAACAAUUGAAUGGGAAAGACCAACAGAGUAUGGUGAUGGAUUUAUUCGCGAAUAUCAUCUCAAGGUUAAUGGAAAGUUUUACACAAAUAUUUCCUCAACUAAAAUAUCAUUUGAUUUUAUCGAAUGCAGUCCCAUGGAAGAAUACUCAUUUAGAAUUCAGGCAUCAUCAACAAAAGAAAAAUGUGAUAGUGAAUGGUCCAAUGUACUGGAGGUUGCCUCUCCUGCAUCUUUAUCAAUUACACUGGAAAGACUACGAUCUGAAACAAUAAACACAGUAAAAGUUGGAUGGAGUCUGCCUAAAUGCAUUGGUGGAGCGAGAAUUAAAGAAUUUAGAGUGUACUACAAGGAAACCACGACAAAUGAAAUGUAUAAUGAUAAUGAUAAACCAGAUCCUGACAAGAUAUUCGGUCAUAGACACAGCAUAAUAAAAGUUCACUCUCCACAUGAUACUGUGUCGUUCGCUAAAGUACAGGCAAAUAAAAACUACUGGGCCAUUCUCCGGGCGGAGAUAAUACCAGAAGGUUGUCCAGCCGUUAUUACGUCACCAAUAAAAGUCCGUGCAACUAUAAGACCGGUAGCACCUGAGAUCAGUGUGAAUGUCUACGGAGUCAUCGAAAGAGAAGAAGUCAACAGAGAGAUAUCAAAGUUGCUGGAUCUUCAGGACAGAAUUAGUCGACAUAAAAUGUUGACAGAAACAUCGGAAGUUAUCAUGGGUGCUCAACUCAAGAAUGUUGAAAUGCAAGACAUGCAUGUAAAGUUGUAUCGGAUUGAAACGCGUCUUCAAGAACUUGUGAAGAUCGUCAAUAAAUUAACAGGUUUUGUUCCCGUCGUUGUAUCGUGGAAGACACCGGAGUUUGAUGAGUUCUCUGAGCCAAUCAGCUUUCGUAUGAAUGUUGAUGAUCAUAGUCUCCAGGAUCUGCUGUCAUUAGAUACCACAGAAACUUCUCUUAAGCUUGAUAUCAAGAAAUUGAGUCACCGGAUAUCCAUAACAACACUUUCAUGGCAUCCAGUAGGACACAGCAAUGAAUCAAAUGUGCAAGUUGUUGAUACAAAGAUAUUUCGUCCCAACAGAUUUUUUUGUUACUUCACCAAUCAUGAUAAAUACACAAAUUGGCCUAGUAAAGGAGGAUGUCGGCUGGAGGAUUUCCUGUUUCAUGAGAAAAAAAUGAGCAGUAAAAAUAAAGUGCAUCGUGGGCUCUUGAAGACGCGCGUUCAACCCAAAUCAUUUCGCGUUAUGGGUGUUCACGACGCAACCUGGCAACAGCUUAUACGUCAUUUUGUUGCCAAGAAACCAACAAUCAUUCUCUUUUGGACCAAAUGGUGUCUCUCUUCUCAAGAAAUCUUGGAGCGCUUCUGUUUCUAUGCUCUUAGGCUAAAGGAAAAAUAUCAGUAUCUCGCCUGUUGUAUAAAAAGUGAUGAAGACAUCCUUACACAUCGUCAAUCAAUCAUUGAAUUACUUAACGAAAAGAAACUGAGAUCCAUUGGAAAUAUACGUCAUUGCUGUGCAUGCCAUCUCGCCCCAGACCUCCCAAACAAUACAACUGAAAAGAUGAAAAAUGCUAGCAUCCCAGCAUCUUUUAAUCUCGUGGGAGUGCCGACAUUUUGUAUUCUUGAUAUGAAAGGUCGCCUUGCGUGGCAGGGCCGUGUGGCUGCUGACACAGAUGAUGCAUUCUUCACGUACAUGAGUCACGUGAUGUCAGAAGUAGAGGAACUUGUCUGUCCUAUUGAAGAGUGUGAUCAAUGUAAAGACAAAAAUGGGAUGUUACAUGAAGUAGAACUGAAUUAUGAUGACCAUCAUGAUGAAGUAACAAAUAUAGGCGAUAUUAUAGAAUCAAACCAAGAUCAUGACGUCACCAGGACACGUGUUCAGUUUUCCCUGGACGAGUUUCAUUUACUGCACUCAAAACUUCAUGGGAUGACAUUGAAAGAAGCAGAGGUAUCUCGAGAAGAGACAUAUUCAACAAUAGAAAGUUUUUCAACACGAAAAUCUUGGUCAGAGAGACCACGAAAGAAUAUCAAAAAAUCAAAAGAUGACGUGAUGUCAAACGAAAGCAUGAUGGGAAAGAAUAAAGCGGAAGAUAAAUCUUUGGUUGAAAAUAUCAAAUCGCCCGACAAUAUUCGACCAAGGAUUGAAAACUAUCAAUUUCGUGAAACUCAGCGAGAGUACUACAGUCCUCGUAAUAACAGAAAUUCAAAAGGUUCAACGUGGAAAUUAAACAUUCCAAAAGUAAGACAAAAUACAGGUUAUUUGAAUGAAACACAACUUAAUGAAGAAGAAAUGCUCAAGUUUAUGAUCCCGGAGAAAAUGAAGAACAACAGAGACAACGACAAAAAAGAAAUGAUAUCAAUAGCAGAAACUUACAUAUACAGAAAACCUUCAACAUUGGAACCUAUUCAUGAACGAAAUUCACCUUUAAAAUCCACAAAAAAGAGCGACAAAUACAGCCAUGUACACAGUCGUUAUAACAAAGACAUCUAUAAGCCAGCUUUUCCUAAACGUACAUAUAUCAUAUCGACCCCACACAGGAAAGAUGUAAGUAGAUUAAUCAGAGAUGGAAUAGACAUGACUAAUGGUAAAACAUAAUCGUCAAGAACAUACCUAUAUUUUCCAUAUAACCAACAUUCACACAGCACAAAUGAAAUCCUAACGAAAUAAAAAAAUAAUACGUUGAAAAUGUCCGACUUUACUUUUUUGCUAAUUGAAGUUAAAGAAUGGAAAUUUAUCAAACUUGAUGCAAGUGCUAUCGACAACCUAUUUACAGUAAAUAUCAAUGGUUCAUAUGGUUUCAAUGGAGUUAAGAAUAGAUAAACUAUCUUGGUGAUAAGCGCCAUAUUAACGUCAUGAACAUCAGGAAACUUUGACACACUGAGCAAUCUUGCAUCCUCAGUAACGUCAGCAGCCCUACUUAGCAAUCUUGGCAACCUCGGUAACGUCCGCAACCUUACUUAGUAACCUUGGCAACUUCAGUAACGUCUGCAGCCUUACUUAGUAACCUUGGCAACUUCAGUAACGUCUGCAGCCUUACUUAGUAACCUUAGCAACUUCAGUAACGUCUGCAGCCUUACUUAGUAACCUUGGCGAACCUCAUUAAGUAUAGUAGUCCUUUAAGGCGAACCUUAUUUAACUCUUUCUUAACCUUGUAGUCAAUAAUUAUCAUAUUCACAUGUAGAUGUAGAUGAUGUCUUAAAAUGAUGACAAAACGUCACUUAAUAAAAUUUCAAAAACA